AUGGAGAGCACAGUGACGGCGUUGUGCGCCGACUACCAGUCAUCGCUGUACGAGGAUGGAACUGUCUAAAUCUCGGUCCAUUCUGGACCAUAAGCCCUAACCUCGCACCGGUGCCAGGAAAUCAGAAAAACACUCGGGGUGAUGAAGAACAUCGCAGUGGAUCUCGAGAGGGAUAAGAUGUCGGUUGAGGUUGACCGACCAGCUGCUCCGAUUUCUUUACUGCAACCGGCAAUCUUUAACUUUCAUCUGUUUGGCGCUGGAGGGGGUUUUGGAACUUCUGAACGCUUCGGAUGACUGCGCUCAUUUCUCUUCUGCGGUCAAAUCUACUGGAGAUGCGUACGUGCCUGGAACGCAGGUGAUUGCAGCUCCUUGUAUUGUACUCUCUUUGGUCGUUGCUCAUAACGAGUGCUAA